GUGGGCCUGAGCGCUGGUCUGAAAACCCAUCUCGCCUCCCCGACAGAACAGCAACAGCGCCCUCCAGAAGUUCAGCCCACCAAAAACUUGCCAAGCUGAACCGGGAGCCCCAACACAGCGAGCCACCUUGAACCUUCAUUUGGCAAUCCAAUUUCAAUCUUGCCCUUGCUCAUUCUACUGCCUUUUGCUAGCACUAUGACCGAGGCCUCAACAUGGCUCUCACUGCAUCCAUGACCCGCGCGAGAAAGCUCGCCGCCACCGGUCAUCCCUUCUCCAAAGCGAACAGCCACUAUGCACCCCGCCCGAAGCGCCAGCGUGACCAUUCGGAACGCGACUUCGAGAACAUCGUAGCCAAGAAGUCCAAAUUGACGACGGGAAUUGCGGUCGAAAUUCCGGCGAGGUCGUCGCUGCAUGCCCGCUUCACAAACGACGACGCCGACACUGCCGACACCUCCCACGCGAACUCAGCGCCCACGGCCCCUAUCGCGGCCACUAAUGCUCCGGCUAGUCACCGCGUCCCUAAUGGGCCCAAACCCGCCCCUGGCAGCUCCCAGCAGCAGCAGCAGCAGCAACAGCGGCGGCGGCCCCCAACACCUACAAAACACCGAUCGAAGGUUUCCAAAGGGUUGAAACACGAACUCGACAGAUUGCAACCGAAUGAAGCCGAUACAAAAGACCAGGGCCGGAAGCUCCGGUCGCAGGAGGCUAUUCGCUUCAAGAGCGAACUGUCCUCCUACUUUCCGGAAUACGAUGAAGUCAUUGGCAACGACCCAAAAGAGACGCACUUCCUCAAUGCCGACACGCCCAUCGUAAUCAUUCCCGACGCACCCCCACCAACACAACAACCAGCACCCCACCCUGCGUCACCAACCCCCGGGCACCAGCACAACAACUAUCCAACCCGCAGCUACAGCGAUGCCCUCUACACAGACCUCUUCGACGCGCAGCGGAUCGACUUCAGCUUCCUCAGCAACCCGGCCGCGGCGACGUCCGACCCACUGCCGGACACGCUCUUCGCGCCGGCGCACAAGAAGGCGGAGCGCACGGAGCGGUCGAUCCGCAACACGGAGAAGGGGCGGGCGCAGCACGAGCGCGACCAGAUCGUGCGGCUGCUCGACGCCCUGCAGGGCCACGACUGGCUGCGCGUCAUGGGCGUCAGCGGCGUCACCGAGCCCAAGAAGCGCGCCUUCGAGCCCGCCCGCGCCCACUUUGUGCGCGGCUGCGAGGCCAUCCUGGACAAGUUCCGCCGCUGGUCCCGCGAGGAGAAGAGGCGCCGUGCCGAGCUGCUCGAGCGGAGGCAGGCGUUCUUGAGCGGUGGUGAGGGGAGCACGUGCGGGGAGGGGGUGGAGAGCGAUGAGGAGGGGGAGGGGGAGGAGGCGGAGGAGGAAGGGGAUGCGCGGCGGUCCGAGGGCGGUGGUGAGAGCGGCGAGGAGGUGGAGGACGCCGAUGACGUCGAGGACGAGCCGCCCGACGAGAGCGACGUCGACGCCUCGAUCGCGAAACAACUUCGCGAGGAGGCCUUAGCCGCUGCUGCGAAGAAACGGCGGGCCAAGCCGGGCGGCAAAGCGGCGGCCGCGAAACGGGCGACGACGACCGCACGGGGCAAGUCCGCCGCAGCGCCGGUGUCACAUGUGCCGGCGGCGGCACGUGAGUCGGCGGAGCCACCCCGGGAAAUCGUCUCGUUCUUUCGAAAGCGCUACCAGCGGGACGCGGCGCUCAGCACGAACCGCCGCAAGGGCCGCACGGUUCUCGCGUGGGGUGAGCCCCUCCCGGAGAUGCCCGAGGCCGAGUUCGAGCUGCCCGCUGCGCUGCGUGACGACGACUCCUUGCGGUCGCCUCCCAGGAAGAAGAGGCGGGCUAAGCGGGUGAAGGAGUGAGUGAGGCUCGACCCCGGGGCCGGAGGGGGAGGCGGUUUGUAUGUACAUUGCGAUCUUCGCGUGGGUUGUUGGCAUCUUCAACGGAGUUCCGGGUCAUUGUUUCUCUUGAGGGGCCAUCGGGAGCUGCCCCUCAGCGGUGUUAUAUCAUAGCGGGCGGUUAGGGAAAGGUUUCAAGGCGUUCCAACGGUUGCAUUUGCUGAGCGAGGCUGCUGGUUUGGUCCAUAGGUCUGUACAUGGGGGGAAUAGUUAAAAUGGAUAGGUUACUAGCUAUCCUUUGACAGUUUGACUCGGAUGGGGGUGGAAAAAGACAGAUGGGACAAAAUCGUGUGACGAGAGUCGGCUAGCUGCUCUUCAAUGAUGCCUAGCAGCACAGCAUGUUUCGUAGCAACCCCCUGUCCUGUGACUUCACAUGUUUUAUUUGGCAACUGAACGCCUGAUGAGUGAGUCAAUGCCCAUGACUGGUGACUUCAAAGAG